AUGAGUGCAGAAGAAAAUUCCGCCAACGUUUGUCUAUUCAUGUUGGAGUACGGACCAGGAAGAAGCUUAGCGAUGCGGAUUCCUUCACAAAGUGCAUCCAGGACGCUGGAAACGCUCCCGGUUCUAUUGCCGCGGAAGAAGUUUGCCUUUGCAACUGCGGAAACAAAAUCCACAUACAAUUCUGUAUGUGUCGCGCGCAGCGCUGGUGACUUCAACCCGGAAAAGCGUCUUAGAAGGAAGCUGCGUCGUCAACUGCAACAAGACCGCGAUAACGAGUGUACGUCAAGAGCGAUGGAGUUUGAGAAGGCGUGGGAGGGCAGGAACCCGCGGAAAGCCUACGCUCUACUAAAACAGUAUAGCGGCAAAAUGAAAAGAUGUUCCCAUGUCCUCAACACUGCCAAUGGGGUAGCUGUCGGUGAAGCAACCCAUUCAAUUUGGAAGGAACACUUCAAAACCUUGCUGAACCGGCUGGCACCGUCAACUCCUGAACUCGAACACGUUCAUAGACCGACAUAUGCGAUUAACGAGGAGCCAUCGACCGAGUAG